GACAUUAAACUAUCAUUAAUUAUGAACUCAUUUAAACAAGUGUCUCAAAAAACAGUGUUGUUAUGCAUAGUAUUGUACCGUACAGUAGAUAUAGUACUGGGAUUAUGUGCAGCACCAUUGGUAGUAGUAAUCCAUGCCGUACUACUACAACCUGACUGUCCCAAUCAUCUCAAGGGUCACGACAGUUUUGCCUGUGUCUGUACCGAACAGCAACCGUGUGCACAGGUAGUCCAGCCGGUACGUACAUCAACAGGUUUAGUAACCAAAUGGGAAUCGGGCAGAGAUGGCGCCCGACUACGCAAACAGACACUACAGUUUAGCAAAUUUAGUUGGUGGGACCUGAUAGCCGGUUUCGGUCGUUUUCAUGUUGGUGGUGGUGGUAGUGGUGGUGGUGGUAGUGGUGGUGGUGGUAGACUACACUUUCGUGUGAACCGGAAUAUCCUCUAUCAGGAGAUUUUCGGAUUUGGCGGCGCUUUUACCGACUCGACGGGUGUUAAUCUACAAAAAAUUGGCACAAAACUGACGGAUCAGAUAUUGAGAGACUAUUUCAGUUCCGAUGGUCUCGAGUAUAAUGUCGGCCGUAUUCCUAUCGGUGGAUCCGAUUUCAGUACCCGUGGCUACAGUUUGGAUGACAACCCGGGAGACAAAUCGUUGGCUCAUUUUAAUCUAACCCACGAGGACUUGGACUAUAAGAUACCAUACAUUCAAAAAGCCAAACAACUGGCCACACAUGAAAUACGAUUGUAUGGCAGUCCCUGGUCGGCACCGGCAUGGAUGAAAACUAAUGACAAUCUGGUACAUGGUGGUACAUUGAUUGGACCGGUAGGCAGUGAAUAUUGGCAAAUAUAUGCCAAAUAUUUUGUUAAAUAUCUGAACGCAUACAAGGCUCAUAAUAUUAGCCAUUGGGGACUAACUGUCCAAAACGAACCGGCCGCUAGUCAAACGUGGAACUCUAUGCGAUGGACACCCGAAUCGACACGUGAUUUUUUGGUCAAAAAUCUGGGCCCUGAGCUCGAACGUAACGGUUACGGCCCGGACAACCUUAAAGUAAUGAUAUGGGAUCAUAAUCUGGAUCAAGUGGCUGAAUGGGUUCAUACAAUAUUUGCCGAUAAAACGGCAGCCAAAUACGCGGCCGGUACUGCCAUACACUGGUACUCUAAUUCACCGCAAACAUUUCUGGACAAACCUUACCUGGAGCACCCGGAUAAGUUUAUACUAGCUACCGAAGCCUGUAUGGAGGGUGGAGCCAAACUAGGGUCAUGGCUGGCAGCGGAACGGUAUGCCAAAGAUAUACUGGAAGAUCUACUGCACCAUACAAUUGGAUGGACCGAUUGGAAUCUAGUGCUGGAUACCCAGGGUGGUCCCAAUUGGGUGGGCAACUUUGUUGAUGCACCCAUACUAGUCGACUAUAGCAAACAGCCCCACGUCUACUACCGUCAACCACAUUACUAUGCUCUGGCACAUUUCAGUAAAUUUCUACCGCCCGGUUCAGUUAGAAUAGACACCUCUAUUGUCGAUCAACGUAAUACCGGUGCAAUUGUCGGCGCUUUUCGUACACCAAACAAGUCGACAGUUGUUAUUGUGGUGAACAACGACAACAAUGAUGUUGAGCUGACCAUCGAAGACACCAAAACUGGACGAUUGGUUACAACAGUUGCGGCUAAAACAAUACAAACCUAUGUCUACUAUGAUUAGUAAUUGAAUACUAAUAUUAAUAAUUAUUGUAUUAUUUAUGUAAUUAGAUAUAAAUUAU